AUGAAGCAAUUCAUGCCAUUGAAACCUAUAAAAAGAGGGUUUAAAGUUUGGGCAAUGGCAAAUUCUUCUAAUGGCUACCUAAUUAAUUUUGAUGUUUAUACUGGGAAAAAAAGUUCAAAUCAAACAGAAUUCGGCCUUGGAGAAAAUGUAGUAUUAGAUCUGACCCAAAAUUUAAAACACAAAUCAUGUUGUUUGUACUUUGACAAUUUUUUCACUAGUAUUCCACUGAUAGAUAAGCUUCAUAAAAAUGAUUUAUUUGCAUGUGGUACUUUUCGAGUAAAUAAAAAAAUGUAUCCAAAAGAUAUUACGAAGAAGGAUAAAGACUUCAAAAUGGGUGAUACAGAUUUUGCUCAAAGUGGUGAUGUGAGUAUUUCAAGAUGGAAAGAUAGAGGUAAGAAACCAGUCACUUUUGUUAGCAAUAUGCAUAAUGCUUCUGCAACAGAAAUUGUUCUAAGAACCAAUUCUAGAGGUCAAAGGACACCUAUUUUAUGUCCAUCAAGUAUAGCCGAUUAUAAUCGUUAUAUGGGCGCAGUUGACCGCUUUGACCAGUAUAUGUCUGCUUAUAGUUUAAGCCAAAAAUCAAGACGAUGGUGGGUAAAAUUGUUUUAUUAUAUGUUGGAUACUACAAUAGUCAACUUUUUUUUGCUUUACAAAGUUAGAUCAAAACUAACUGAUCAGCUAAUAUCAGAUUUUUCAUCUCGACAAAGACGACCUACCAUUUCCCCUAUGAGUAAUAAACGUAAAGAUUCUACUGGUUCUGUUCAAAUUUCUGAAAAACAUUUGGCCAUAAAAUAA